UUCAAUCGGUUUCCACAAGAUGGAAUUCCACGUAUUAUAUGGUGGAACGAUUUUUGGCGCUUCGGGAAAUCGUAAGCAGUAUUAUAAACUUUAAUACAACAGCUCCACCAAUGAUAACAGCGAAGGAUGUAGAAUUCCUUCAGGAUUUUGUAUUACUUUUUAAGCCAAUCGAAGUUGCUACUAAAGAAGCAUGUGGUGAGAAAUUCGUUACGUCGAGUAUGAUCAUUCCGAUCGUACGCCUUUUAAGAAAAAAAAUAUCUGAAGCUUCAAUCACAACGGACCUAGCAAAAUCCCUGAAGAAUAACAUCUUUGCGGAAUGGAAUAAACGAUUUCUUAACAUUGAACACAACCAGCUUUUUGCAACAGCAACAAUAUUAGAUCCUCGCUUCAAAAAUUUGCAUUUCGACGAUAAAGCGGCAUUAGGCAGUGUUAUACGGAAGCUAUCAAAUGAAUUGAGAAAAGACUUAAUCGAGUCAGAAUCCGAUAGCGAUGCACCUUCUCAUUCUUCUGGGUCCAAAGAAAAUGAAUACAGCUUAUGGGACGAUCAUCACAAAAUUUUCAGUUUAUUUGAAACAGCCUGUAGUACGACUUAAAGACUCUCCGUUCGAGGUAUGGACUGAAA